UAGCGGUCGACGUCGGAAUGUUUUUAAUAGUACGUUGUAGUACGCAUACCACUUAACAAUAUUAUACACAUCGUUUUACUAAUACAUCUUAUGCGUUUCCAUUCAAGUUUGAAAAUCAAGAAUAAAUUUGGUUUGGACUUCAUACUAUUAUAAUUAUCAUAUCGUUGAACGUCAUCAUAAGAGCUCCUUUUUGUACGCCUUUACAAAAACCAUUCAUUUUUUUUUAUUUAUUUCUUGCAGUUAUAUUAUUAAAACAAAAACGAAUUAUAACAUAAAUCUUAAACGUUUCAUAAACAUUGAAAUACAAUAUAAUACAGACUACAAUGUACACUGCACAAAAUGAAGAAUUUACAGUAUUCCGUCUCGAUUAUAACUUAUCUACGUUAUUUGAACAAGUGGAACAUUUUAAUCAAUGGACCGAAUCACUGAGUGAUACUAGAACAAGAGGGUGGUGGAUGGUAAAUUCAGUUUUUACUACAUUUACCAUAACCCUUUGUUAUCUUUUAAUAGUAUGGCUAACUCCACGGUACAUGAAAAAUCACACAGCAUACAGUUUAAAAAAUAUUCUAAUAAUGUACAAUAUUAUGAUGAUAAUAUCAAAUUUAUUUAUAAUAAUAGAAUUGAUAUUGAUGACUACUAAAUUGAACUAUAGUUGGACAUGUCAGCCGAUAACCUAUGUCAAUGCAGAAGCUGAGCUUAGGAUAGCAACAGCAGUAUGGUUAUAUUAUAUAAUUAAAUUUUUUGAACUAUUGGAUACUAUAUUUUUGAUGCUUCGAAAAAAAGAUAAUCAAUUGUCAUUUCUUCACGUUUACCAUCAUUCAACAAUGUUCAUAUUCUCAUGGAUGGGUACAAAAUAUGUACCAGGCGGCUCAGCAUUUUUACCGAUAUUAAUUAACAGUGCUGUACAUGUCAUAAUGUAUUUUUACUAUACUUUAGCUGCAAUACAAUGCUCGAAAAUCAUUAAAUACAAAAAAUAUGUUACAACCAUUCAAUUGGCUCAGUUUUCAUUUGCUCUACCAUUAGGCAUAAAUGCCAUUCACAGUGGGUGUAAUUGGCCAUUAUGGAUGAAAUAUUUAUUUGUCUUUUACAUUAUUACAAUGUUGGUUUUAUUUGGAGACUUUUAUAAGAAAAACUAUAUUAAAAAAGUAAGCAAACAUGAAAAUGAAGAUGGACAAUGUUUAAAGAAAUUGUGAUAGUUUAAAUUAAAACAUUUAAUUUAGAUAAGACAUUUUUUUAUAUAAAGUAAUGUAUAAAAUAAAGAAUUAGAGGUGACAUUACAAUAAUUUAAUACUUAUGUGUAACAACUAUUUUUCA